AUGAAAAUAGUCGGAAAGUAUGGAAAAGCGUCAGGUCAAUGUAUUAAUUUUGAUAAAUCUUCAUUACUCUUUGGUAAGAAGAUUGCAGUGAAUGAUAGACAGCAAAUCAAAGACACUCUUGGAAUCCAGAAUGAAGGGGGAAUGGGAACAUACUUGGGAAUACCAGAGGAUAUUAGCGGAUCUAAGUGCAAGCUCUUCACUUUCCUAAAAGAAAAAAUAUUGCAUAGAGUGAAUGGUUGGACAUGUAGAUGGCUAUCGAACGGAGGGAAGGAAGUUUUGAUCAAAUCUAUUCUCCUAGCUCUUCCCACAUAUGUCAUGUCAAGCUUUUUACUCCCUAUGGAGAUUUGCGAGAACCUUGCAAGUGCCAUAACACAAUUCUGGUGGAGCUCAACCCCACCAAAACGAGGGAUUCACUGGGCUAAAUGGGAAAAGAUAUGUGCUCCCAAAGAGGAAAGUGGAGUUGGAUUCCGCAUGAUCCAUGAAUUUAAUUUAGCUCUGCUAGCAAAGCAGCUCUGGCGUCUUGUUCAAUACCCGGAUUCAUUAGUAGCGAGAGUACUUAAGGAAAAAUAUUACCGUCUCAGUUCUCCCCUUCGAAUUGCCGCGGUAGAUAACCCAUCUUAUGUGUGGACGAGUAUUUCAGCGGCGAAGAAGCUUUUACUUUUGGGUAUCAGGAGUAAAGUGCAUUCAGGAUAUGAAAUCAAUGUCUGGCAGGAUCCGUGGAUUCCUUCGACGCCAGCAAGGCCGGCCUGA